AUGCUUCCUCCUUUUGGCGUGAACUCACCGGGACGAUUGCUCAAACGAGAGUCGCAAGACCACAAAUUCAAUCUGGAAAACGCCAAAAAAUUUUGUCAUACGGAGACACGCGACACGGACGAGAAUUUCUGGAAGCAUGGUAAUCCACGGCAGAUUCGACCAACCGGUGCAUCGAACUGGAUCCAAUUUACGCAACUCUACGUGCACCUCAACCGGAACACUCAAGGAGGACCGAAUAUUGGAUUCACAAACGAGGAAACAACUAACUGGAGUGAGUCAAAUCAAAUAAGGACAAAGAGGACAAAGAUCAUUUUCAACAUCGACCAGACUACGACGGACAAAGAGGACAAAGAUCAUUUUCAACAUCGACCAGACUACGACGGUGAGGGUUGCCAAGCUCAAAGGUCACGUGGGCAUCGGCGACUGAGAAGACGGGAUAACAGAACAACCAAUGGAAGCAGCCGACCGAACAAAUAA